GGCGGCAGGCACGCGCGGCUUCCAUGGAAUACAAGAAUUAGAAUAUCUCGUUUUUUGCACCAAACGGUCGCUUUUCUGUAUUUGUUGCACUCGACUUUUGCAAUAUACUGCUGUUUGUGCCCCUUAUCGGUUUUUAUCUCUUCGUUGUGACUCGGACUGUGAUUCAUUGCUAAAGUAAAGGGGGAGUUGAUGGACGUCCACGCCGUUGUUUCUGAACUGGACAUCAGAUCGCAUGUCAGUUAGCUAGAAUAUUUCGGAAAUCCGAUGAGACGUUGAAAGUUCAAUUUUGGACAUCAAAGACAAUUUUGGACUUCAAAGGUGUUUUCUGCAUCAGCGGGAAACUGCGCUACAACUUUUGUCUGCUGAAGGACUUUAAUUAUUUCAAACGGGCUUGGAUGUUCAUUUUCUCCACGGGAGAAACCUCGAGUCUUUUAUAGAAGUGCUAAUAUUGCGGUUUAUGGAGACACAUUUUUAAAAACUCACCCGCAGUGGACCCGGCGCCCCGCACCAGUCUGCGUGCACUUACAAGCAUUCAACUUUCUUUACUCCAUCCGCAAUCAUAAUAUCGUUUGAAAUCCAUCCCAAAUCAUAUUCAUACUUUGACCAUAUGGCUGCUUGCCUUCUCCCAAUCUGACACAGUUCCUUGUGCCAUUCGGUUGAGGUCAUUACCUCCCUUUAUAUGGAACAAAGGGGUAUGAUGCUUUUUAAUCUGUUUUCUUUUACAAACAGCUCUGCUCUGAUUUCCCGGGGUCUUUCAGAUGUGGAUGUUGCCGUCAUGCCAUCUCCAAACGCUUAGAGGGAUCUCCUGAAGUUCAGCCCCGUUUGUCCCCCAACACUCUUUUGUCUCCAUACGUCCCACUCAUUUUUCUAGGAGUGUCAUGGGAGUCCAGACUAGGGGUGCCUGGUUGGCUAUGGCGUUCUCGGACUGGGUCAGUGGAUUGGGAUUUCUCUUAAUAUUCCUGAUGGAGAGUUUAGCAGUAGAUGCGACCAACAUGGAGCCAGUCUACUGGAAUUCACUAAACAGAAGGUUCGGGGAUGAGAGGGGGUAUAUACUCUACCCUCAGAUAGGUGACCGUUUGGACCUUGUAUGCCCGGCAUCGAGUCCCCCAGGUCCGAACUCUGCCCCUGACUAUGAGUAUUAUAAACUGUACCUGGUGUCCUCUCGAGAGCAGGCCGACAGGUGCGAGGUGAUGGGAGCCCCCAACCUGUUGCUCACCUGUGACAAACCCAACAGCGAUAUGAGAUUUACCAUCAAGUUCCAAGAGUAUUCGCCUAAUCUGUGGGGUCACGAAUUCAAGAACUUACGAGACUACUAUAUCAUAGCUACCUCUGAUGGCACCAAAGAGGGCAUCGAUAGCAUGAGAGGAGGCGUGUGCGUGACACGAGGGAUGAAGCUGGUUCUCAAAGUGGGACAGACUGCGUAUGGCCUUCCUCCAAAGCCCAAACCCGAUCCAGCCCGACCCAACAGUAAAACUCCAGAUCUUGAAAAUGGCUCUAAAGGGAGUGAUGGAGGUGAUGCCGGUGAGAGAGAAGACAGCGGCGCCGUGUCUGCGUCUAACAUCGCCCUGAUCUCCGGCGGUGCCGGGGGAGCCUUGCUCCUGCUCAUCGCCGUCGUGAUCGGUGUAGUGUGUUACCGUCGCCGGAAAGCCAAGCACUCGGAGACUCACCACCCUGCUCUUUCGCUUUCUUCUCUUACCCCAAAGCGGGGUAGCUCCUGCGGGGUGGGGACGGGGUCGGGCGGGGGAAACAAUAAUGGCUCCGAGCCCAGUGACAUCAUCAUCCCGCUGCGGACCUCGGACUCGGCUUACUGCCCCCACUACGAGAAAGUCAGCGGCGAUUACGGACACCCCGUCUAUAUUGUGCAGGAGAUGCCCCCACAAAGUCCCGCCAAUAUCUACUAUAAAGUAUGAGAAGAGGACGGCCGAACACACAGAUAGCCUGACUUUAUUAUCCACACGUAGGGUGUGUUUUUAAAAGACUCUAUAUGUAAGAGCCUAGAUUUUACAGAAGAUAAACCUGUCGACUGUUUUACUGUGUUGCCGGCUGGAAGUUCGGUACAGAUCUGGGGUUUAUGUUACUGCAGAGUGUUUGUUUUAUUUACACGUGUGUGACAUGGGAAAGUGAAUGUAUGUACGGAAGUGUCACACAUUUUUUCAAAAUGAGUGUAAAUGAGCUUGUUAAUGGUUGGGUUCAGAUUCAUGUGCUUUUCCCUUAAAACCAAACAGUAGAAGUGUUAAUAAUAUAAUACUUUUUUUUUUUAAACAACUUUGGGGGUGAAUUCACUAAACAUUUACACCAAAACCUGCCUAUUACUAUCCACCCAUGUUUUGGUUUAACCAUGCACCAGAUAUGCUGAAAUAUUUAAAUGUGUCAUUGUUAUUGUUUUCAGCACAAGCGCACCUCUUUAUAAAUUAGCAUUAUUAUGGACUGAGCCGCAUCACACAAUUCUGCACUAUUUGCCUGGCAGUUGCACUUACAGUAAUGCCUACAAAAGGCAGUUGUGUUUAAGGAGAUAUAUUUGUGUCCAUUUUCUACUAGUCAUACAGUACUACUAUAAUCAUCAAAUGAUAAUAAAAUGUCAGGCAUAUAAGCAGAUGCAUCCUUCAGUAAGUGCUGAUACAGGAUUAUAGUAUUGGAGAGAUACUGUACAGUAUCCAGAUCUGUUGAAUCCACAAUAUACUAGCGCUUUCGGCGGAUGUAAUUCAUUUUUAGUGAAUUCGCCCCCUGUAUAUUUUUUCAUCUGAUUGUGGAUGUUUGUCUUCGUUUCUUUGAACCCAGAUCUCAGUCAUAUUUAUUUAUUGUGCAUCAAAGACUCUUCUAUCAUAACUGCUCAGCACCCACUUGUUUGUUUUUGACGGUUUUUAAACAUCAUUACGUGAGGAGCGGGAAGUGCCUGUGGAGGAGGUGAAGACGAAUGCUUGAUGGUUUCAGUUGGAGACCCUUCUUUGCAUUUCUAAGGGGUCCAAGGUCAAAGUUAGGAGAUCACAGACUGCACUCAUGAUGAUUUGAGGGCUUCAGCGUGAGCUUUUGAAGUACUGUGUAGACUGUAAUGAACUGCUUGCUUAUCGUACACACGCUGUCAUCUUGUACACUUUUAACACAUACAUUUACAUAACAGCUGUUUGGGUUUUCACAUAUAACAUCAAGAGAUGGAAUCCGGCUGUGAGUUUGUACAGAGUAUAUACGUUUCGAAGUUUUGUGAUUGUUGUAUUGGCCAAAGACAGAUUGAAUAAUACUGCGCCUCUGUGUGUCUUAAUGAACCCGAUUACAAACUGUCCACGUCCUAUUGAGUGUUACAAAUAUCUGUUGCUAGGUUACAAUCUUGCCUCUCAUUAUCAUAUUUUGGGUGAUGUCUCUGAACCGACAUUAUCACCCGUAUCAGCUUAAAGCUUUUGGUGCACAGUUCACCGGUUAUUUCAGUUUAUGAAACAUGACAUUAAGACAUGAAAAGUGACUGUGAAAAUGGCCCAAAUGACUUGAGUUUUCUUUAUCAAUAUUGAUUUAAGGAUUAAGCCUGUCAUUAUCACGCAUAAAAUGGCAGAAAUUGGUUUUAUUGUGAACACUUCUUUUGUUAAGAUGCUUUCACAUUUCCUUUCAUAUUGUGUUAUAUUUAAGUGUUGCUUUGUUAAUAGAUUCAGCCAGAGACAAAUAAUGUUAUUGCAAUGCAGAGGGGAUGCAGCGAUUGUAAACUUCUUUUACUAUAUCAUGCCAACAGCCUCAGUUAAACAGGGCACACAGAAUUCCCAAACUUCUCGCCCCUGCAUGCCUGUAGGCUUUUCAGUGCAAAUUUUUCGUUUUUCUGUUUUUAUCAAGGAAUAAUUUUUCCUUCAAACGAGCAUUGUGUGAUUGACUGUCUAAAUCCUUCGACGCAAAUCGCUUCCUCGGCUAGGCAGGGCAUGGGGUUAGGCAGGAAUUUUUCCUUUUGUCCUGAUCAGCUUUGAGCAAAGAGAAACCAUCUGGCAUGAUUAAUGUUGACCUAAGGCACCGAAAGCAUUUCAGUACCUGUGGCAAAAAUUCCAAACAACGCCGUUUUGCAUUUUAUUUCACAGGAGAAUUUUUUUAUGUUCAAAAAUUGUCAUGAUUUGAGUUGCCUUGAAACUGAAUUGUGAUAAAGACUGUUGCAUUUCUGA